AUGAUAAAAAUGUGAAUGAACAUUAAAGAUCACCAUUUUUUUUUACAAUUUCAUUCAUUGACAUUAAUACGUGAAUGUCGUGUUGUUUUUAUUCUCUUUAAUAAUUUAUUCCGUUUUACCUUAUAAGGUGUGAAAAAAGUUUCUCUUGUGUAACUAUUACAGUUUAGAAAAAAAAAUGGAAGCAGCCAUUCAACAGAAACUCGUGGAAGUUGCUCAGAAAGUAGAGGAACAUUUGGACGCAGAAAUUGAGCGUCUCGAUAAAUUGGACAUUGAUGAUAUUGAAAAAUUACGUGAAAGACGAUUAAAAGAAAUCAAAAAAAUUCAACAUCAAAAGCAAAUCUGGAUUUCUUUAGGUCAUGGAGAAUAUUCCGAGCUUUUUGAUGAAAAAGAAUUUUUCGAGGUUUCGAAAAAAUCGAAAAACAUCGUUUGUCUAUUUUACAAAGAUGGCUCGCCACGUUCAAAAAUUGCCGAUAUGCAUUUAAAAAUUCUAGCCAAAAAACACGUGGAGGCACGAUUUUGUAAACUCAAUGUCGAAAGAUGUCCUUUCUUAACGGAACGAUUGAGAAUAAGAAUAAUUCCGACAAUUGCACUUGUCGUUGAUAGCAAGGCAAAGGAUUAUAUUGUUGGUUUCACUGAUUUGGGUAAUUGUGAUGAUUUCUCAACGGAAAUGAUGGAAUGGCGAAUCGCUCAAUCGGGUUGCAUAACGUACAGUGGCGAUUUAAUGCAUCCACCUGAACAAGAGAAAAAACCAUGGCUAAAUCAAAAGCAAAAAUCAAAAACAAUUCGCGGCAAAGAAUCUGACGAUUCCGAUGACGACGAUUAAUUUCUCAUAUUUCGUUAUAUAUUUAUUCCUCAAUUUUUAUAAUUCUCACACCUCAAUUGUUUUUUCCUUUUAUUUGCUCGAGCUUUCAAUUGUUGCCUUUUUUUAAAAAAAAAAAUAAUCUAUUAUUUCAAAAAAUUUGCACUAUUUAUACAUUUACAAAUUUGUUACAAGUCGUGCCGGGAGGAAUUUAUUUAAAAAAAAAAAAAAAAAUUUAGAAAUUACAAAAAUUGAAUUAAGAUUUUAAUUAAAUUAUAGUUAUUUAAUUCAAUUUCAAAAAGAAAGAAAAAAAUUUGUUAAUACUUGAAAAAUUUUAAUUUUUGAAAAUUAUUAAAACGAAAUUAAAUUGGAAACAGGAUUAGAAAAAUUGAUUAGUAUUUUUUUUAAAUUGAAUUCGAAUGAAAAUAGAAAACAAUUUAAAAGAAACAUUUUUUAUUUAAAAUUUUUAUUUCGCACUAAUUUUAGUUUUUAAUAAACAAAAAUCGAAUAAUUUAUUAAGACAAAAAUAGAAUUAUAAGCUUUUUACACACUUUUUUAAAUAAAGAAAUUGUUAAAUAGAA